UCCCCGCCCGCGCCGGCCCCAGGCAGCACUCGCGAACAGCGGCGGCCGCGGCCGGCGGCCGAGAGGGGAGAAUGCGGCGGCGCUCGCGGAUGCUGCUCUGCUUCGCCUUCCUGUGGGUGCUGGGCAUCGCCUACUACAUGUACUCGGGGGGCGGCUCCGCGCUGGCCGCGGGCGCGGGCGGCGGCGCCGGCAGGAAGGAGGACUGGAAUGAAAUUGACCCAAUUAAAAAGAAAGACCUUCAUCACAGCAACGGGGAUGAGAAAGCACAAAGCAUGGAGACCCUUCCUCCAGGAAAAGUGCGGUGGCGGGACUUUAACCAGGAAGCUUACGUCGGAGGGACAAUGGUCCGCUCCGGGCAGGAUCCCUACGCCCGCAACAAAUUCAACCAGGUGGAAAGUGAUAAGCUGCGGAUGGACAGAGCCAUUCCUGACACCAGACACGACCAGUGUCAACGGAAGCAGUGGCGAGUGGACCUGCCAGCCACCAGCGUGGUGAUCACGUUCCACAAUGAAGCCAGGUCGGCCUUGCUGAGGACAGUGGUCAGUGUGCUUAAGAAAAGCCCUCCCCACCUCAUAAAAGAGAUCAUCUUGGUGGAUGACUACAGCAACGACCCUGAAGACGGGGCUCUCUUGGGGAAAAUUGAGAAGGUGAGGGUUCUCAGAAAUGAUCGGCGAGAAGGCCUGAUGCGCUCGCGGGUCCGGGGGGCCGACGCGGCCCAGGCCAAGGUCCUGACAUUCCUGGACAGCCACUGUGAGUGCAACGAGCACUGGCUGGAGCCCCUCCUGGAGAGGGUGGCCGAGGACAGGACUCGGGUCGUGUCCCCUAUCAUCGAUGUCAUUAACAUGGACAACUUUCAGUACGUGGGGGCAUCCGCUGACUUGAAAGGCGGUUUUGACUGGAACUUGGUCUUCAAAUGGGAUUACAUGACCCCAGAGCAGAGGAGAUCCCGGCAAGGGAACCCGGUCGCCCCCAUAAAAACCCCUAUGAUUGCUGGCGGGCUCUUCGUGAUGGACAAGCUCUACUUUGAAGAACUGGGGAAGUAUGACAUGAUGAUGGACGUGUGGGGAGGAGAAAACCUGGAGAUCUCGUUCCGCGUGUGGCAGUGUGGUGGCAGCCUGGAGAUCGUCCCCUGCAGCCGCGUGGGACACGUGUUCCGGAAGCAGCACCCCUACACUUUCCCAGGUGGCAGUGGCACGGUCUUUGCCCGUAACACCCGCCGGGCAGCAGAGGUCUGGAUGGAUGAAUACAAAAAUUUCUAUUACGCAGCAGUGCCUUCUGCCAGAAACGUUCCUUAUGGAAAUAUUCAGAGCCGAUUGGAGCUCAGGAAGAAACUUAGCUGCAAGCCUUUCAAGUGGUACCUGGAAAAUGUCUACCCAGAACUAAGGGUCCCUGACCACCAGGAUAUAGCUUUUGGGGCCUUGCAGCAGGGAACCAACUGCCUGGACACUUUGGGACAUUUUGCUGAUGGUGUCGUUGGAGUCUAUGAGUGUCACAAUGCAGGGGGGAACCAGGAAUGGGCCUUGACGAAGGAGAAGUCGGUGAAGCACAUGGACUUGUGCCUGACGGUGGUGGACCGGGCACCCGGCUCUGUCAUAAAGCUGCAGGGCUGCCGAGAGAACGACACCAGACAGAAGUGGGAACAGAUCGAGGGCAACUCCAAGCUGCGGCACGUGGGCAGCAACCUGUGUCUGGACAGCCGCGCGGCCAGGAACGGGGGCCUGAGCGUGGAGGUGUGCGGCCCCGCCCUGUCUCAGCAGUGGAAGUUCACGCUCAACCUGCAGCAGUAGGCGGAGCCCGCCGGGCCGCGGCAGCCCGGCCCCCACGCCGGCUGAGUCUGGAGGUCACGUUCUUGAUUACGUUUCUUAAACUUUCUGCGAAACUAUAUACCUCAGUAUUCCAUCAUGGUCUGAAAGUCGGAGAACUUGUGCGAGGCACGGGGCCUGGGCGGACACCGAAGAGGCCCGGAAAGAGAACCGCUCUCCUCGCCCCCCGGGAGGCGGCCAGGCCCCUCCUCCGAGGCCGCGGCCGCCCGCCCCCCAGGACGGCCAAGGCGCCGCCCCAGCGCGGACCAGUGCGGGGCAGGGAGGGCGGAAGGGGGGCUGUUGCUGCGUCACCGCGAGGAGAACUCUUUUGAAAUCUCCAUUUUUGAUCCCAUCGAAAUCACGUCUGGUUUCCACAACAGCGAACCAAGUCAUUUUGCAGGUUUACGUUGUAUUCCCCGUCCCUGCUCCUCUGUUCCCAGCUGUCCUCCCAGCACAGGCCCCCUCUUCCACGUGACGUCCUUGCUCUAUUUGAAUAUGAACUUUUCUAUGGUGGGACACUAAAUAUAAAUAUAUAUAAAGAAAGAAUGUACGGUCAGUUCCCUAUGGUUUCUUAGGUUGUCCUCGUCUUGUAAAUUGCCCACACAACAGUUAGUUCACGGCCAGAAGGAAGAGGGAGGGGGGCCCUUGGGGGGGUGGGGAAGGCGGGCUCUGUUGCCCCCCCGGAACCCCAUCAGUGAGCAGGUGCUACGGGGUCGCUCGGGGCUUCCCUGUCGCUGGGCUCCAGGAGGCUAGGGGUCCUGAGGGGAGGGGUUGCGGACUGCCAGCCUCAGCCCGGGCACCUCUGUCGGGUUCAGCUUGGGAGUCACUGCUAAGUGUGGGCAUCCACCUUCUGUGCCCUUGGUAUCUGGAAACCUGGAUGGGCUACUUAUUUUGACAGACAUUACUUUGGGUCUUUUUGAAUUAAAUUUCUUUUCUCUUAGGGAAAAAACAAAAACCCAGCAGCCUCCCAGCUCCCAGUAGGCGACAGUAGGAAGCUGUCCUAGGCUGGCAUUGGGCGAAUCGUGAGUGUCCCAUGAGCUGGUCCCUGGGCUCUGGAAUCUGGCCUGCCCACACCGUCCCUCCCAGGCCCAGGUGUCUGCUUUGGGUCAUGGGGCAUUGGGUCAAGAGUUGGGAGGGGCGGAAACCAUCCAAUGCCUGAUCAGCUGACAUGGAGGAUUCUGGACACAACACAGGAGGCGUGUGCGUUAGGAAGCAGAGAUCAGUAUAACCACAAGCCAGUUAGGAACUAAGUCGUGACAGGGUGAGGUGCCCAGCAAUGUCCCUGCAGAGCCCGCCUUGCCUUUGCAGUGGCCCCGCAUGCCGUGACAGGGCAGUGCCCGGCCCCCUACGGAGUGGCCCUCCUGCACACAUGCGGUCUCACAGAGGCUGGCCACCCCAGGCCACCCCCAGCUGCUGCGGAGUGGGACGUGCAUCAGAGAUGCACAUCCUCAGGCCCCUUCGGGGAGGGCCCGGGGGGGUCACAGAGUGAGAAUUGGCCCCAGAAGAUUCUGCGAAGUGCCACUCUGUUCCCUGCCCGUUUCUUCUAGGCAAGGGGACGCUAUUGGUCUUUCUUCCUUCGCUGCAAAAGGCCCACGUGUGUUUGCUCUAGGUCACCGGGAUCGGGUGUAGAGGCAUGGCUCAGGGACUGUCCUGCGGCUUCCUUUUUGCCCUCUGCCCAGCAACCGGAUGUACCUUCAGUGGACAGGGAGGCCACAGCGGGAUUACCUGUGCACACCUGUGUCUUCGGAGGCUGGUCUGACUACAGGGAGGCCCCGGGGUGAGGGCCAGGUACCUGUGCAAGGCUGUUGAAUGCAGGUGGGGCAGGAGGAACCGGACUCAGCCCGAGCACCUGGGUCCCAUCAUAAGGCCCUGUCCCCUGUGAGCCACUGCCAGUGUUUGCAAAAAGUACCCCAUGGCUAGCAAACAAAUUUGGCUUUGAUGUAAAACAAAUUCGAGUCAGGUUCUUGAUGAGUCCUUCCCCCACAUACCCCCGCCCACCCAGAACUCUCAUCGAGCUUGUACCAUGGGGACGGGCCCACCCGGCCCCGCUGGGGUCGCUCCCCGUCCCUGAGCUGGGGCUGGGGGGGGGGGGGGCUGGCGGCCUCGGACCCCGUGGGCGGGCGUUGUGAGCAGAAGUGGGGCUGGGAGGGCUCCCUGGAGGUGAGCUAUGUUUACAAGACAACAGUGUGCCAAAGUGACUUACUGCGGUUGCAUUAUCUCUUAGUCAUCGGGACGAUCCCACCCUCUCACUCCUGUUUUUACAAGUACAGAUUCUUUCCUAAGAGCCCUUUGAGCAAAGCGUGGCGAAGCUAGUUGUCCUCUCUGUGGUGGUCUUUCUUAUGUCUUCAUCAAAGCUAAAAUGAUGGUCUCUGUGAGUAUGUUUUGCAAAUUCAAAAUAUAGUUUGGUAAUUUUUUUUCCAGUUGAUUUUUAAAAAGAACUGCUGUACAGAGCUUGUACUUUGUCCAUUUUAUAGAUGGAAACCAUCCUUGAAAAUUGUUUAACUUAAAUAAAGAGAAGAUACUUUAUAGA